AUGGGCGAAGCCGCCCGGGUGCAGAUCCCCCCGACCCAAAGGCACGAGAAGCCAGACUCUGAAAACAUCCCCCCCAGCAAACACCACCACCACCACCGCAACGCCACCCACCGCGAGCACCCCAAAGCCUUUGCCCCCCGCACCAACCCCGAGAAGAUCGCCCAACGCAAGAGCUCGAUGACGCAGCUGCAGCAGUGGGUGAACUCGCGCCGGGGGGCCGUGCCCCCCGAGGAGCUGCGGAGCCCCACCAGGUUUUACCCCGUGUCUCGCCGGGUGCCCGACUACUAUUCCCCCUACUCACCCCAGUACCCCGAGGACUACCAGUACUACCCGCCUGGGGUGCGCCCCGACAGCAUCUGCUCCAUGCCCUCCUACGAGCGGGUGAGCCCGCCCUGGGUGCUGGAGGACAAGCGGCACUCCUUCCGCAACGGGGGCACCUACCAGCUCCGCGACUGGAAGGAGCACCCUGGUUUCGGCCGGCAAGACGUCCCGCUCUGGCUGCCCGGUCCUGGGAGGCAGCCGACCUACUUGGAUGAGGUGGAUGCAGCCUCGGGCUCUCUGCGACGGAUGUCACUGCAGCCCCGCUCCCGCUCCGUGCCCCGCUCGCCCAGCCAGGGUUCCUACAGCCGGGCACGGGCGUACUCCCCGGUCCGCUCGCCCAGCGCCCGCUUCGAGCGGCUGCCGCCCCGGGGAGAGGAGAUUUAUGCCGACCCCACCACCUUCAUGAUGAGGCGAUCCAUCAGUUCUCCAAAGUACGACUAUCUGGGCGACAGACGGCCCGUCCCUGCGGGAAUGUAUCCGUACCACUACCCGGCAUCCCCCACCGUCCAUGAUAAAAUGGAUGAACUUUUAGACCUUCAGUUGCAAAGAAACCUAGAGUAUUUGGACCAGCAGAUGAGCGAGAGCGAAACCCUGAUCAGUAUGGUGAACAGGAUGGUGGAGACCUCCUCCCCUAGGGCUCAGCUCUACAUGCAAGUGACGCCCUUCCCGGAGGCCUACAGGGAGACACUGCACGCCUACAAGAUAAGCGAGCAAGACACCGACAAGCUGCUGGGGAAGCUCUGUGAGCAGAACAAGGUGCUGCGGGAGCAGGAGAGGCUGGGGCGGCAGCGCCCAGCAGAGAAGGAGAGCCUGGAGAGUGCCCGCAUGGGGACACACCAGGAGCUGGAGAUGUUUGGGAGCCAGCCAGCCUACCCAGAGAAGCUGCUGCACAAGAAGGAAUCGCUCCAGAACCAGCUUAUCAACAUCCGCGUGGAGCUGUCGCAGGCCAGCACGGCCUUGGCAAAUAGCACUGCCGAGUACGAGAGCCUGGAGAGCGAGGUGUCUGCCCUGCACGACGACCUCUGGGAGCAGCUGAACCUGGACAUCCAGCAUCCAUCUGGCUGGGCGUAG